AUGUAUCCUCAAUCACUGCUAGUGCUUUCCCAGGGGUUAGGGUGUCCGACCUGCAUACUAUCCCAGACAGGAGGAGAGCAACAUAUACCACCUGGCAGGUACCAACACCCGCGACACAAUGUCUCUAACUAUUCCCAAAAGUGGAUGUCCGCCAGUUUCAGGGCUGUGGUGGUGGACGAUGAUGGAAUGAUCCAAGCCACCGACGAGCUGGAUCCUUAUGACAAAAAUCUAUUCGUAGGAUGUUGGAAAGGACCGGCUGGGAGGUACCUUGCCGCCCCCUCCUGCAUCGGAAUUAAAGGUACUGGUUCCCGCCAACUCGGUCAGGCACAGGGUGUAAGUUACAUCCUGCUCUCCCCUUGCCUAGGAGUGACAGCCUCUAUCCCGGUGCUGCCCGAGUCAAGUGUUUGCCCCACCCAAGGUGCUCGCGCCAUCAAGACUAUCAUCCUGGUUGAUUCUGUGCUCUUACUUUCUGUUCUUUUCGGUUCGAUAGCUGUUUCAGCAGACACUGCACAUUGUGACUAUGGGACUGGAGGUCUAACUGGCAUUACUUCAUCAGCAUGA